AUGUAUGCUUUUGUUAGAUUCUUUGAAGACGAUAUGUGCUACGCGUUACCCGUUUCAAAUGUGGAAGAUUUCAGACCUCUGCACAGAACAGAUUUUGAUAAUCAGAAGGUGUAUCUGGUUCACAGAACUGAAGAGAAUGGCAGCGCAGGCCAGCCGUGCGAAGCACAGAUCCUUGCCCUUGCAGAUACAGUAGAGGAAUUUGAAGACAGUAUAAUGCAAAAGAAGAUGAAAAUUCCCAAGAUGUCCAUCAAGAAUUCAGGAAACUGUAUUGAGAACAAUUUUGGAGAGGAGAGAAUGCCACUCAGACAUAAAAAGGCCCUAUCCCAAGACCACGGACGCCCCCUUUCCAACUCCUCCAAGAGCCUGGCAGCAGUAGUGGCUCGCCUGGAGAGAAAUGCAGCCAGCUCUUGUAUGGAGGGGGAAGAAGACCUGGACGAGGACCGGCUGGCUGAGGAGGGAGAGGAUGCAGACGACGAAGAUGACGAUAUGGAGGCAGAGCAACAUCAUCACCAGCAGCAACAACAGCAUUUGGAGGUGGACACGGAUUGUGUGUCUGAGGUAGCUGCAGCUGUGGUUCCCAGGGUCUUGUAUGAGGAGCUGGUUCACAGCUACAGGCAACAGGAGGAGGAGAUGAGGAGGCUGCAACAGGAGCUGGAGAGAACCCGCAGGCAGCUGGUGCAGCAGGCCAAGAAACUGAAAGAAUAUGGCAGCUUGCUGACAGAGGUCAAAGAAUUGAGGGACUUCAACCGGAGGCUACAGGAUGUACUUCUCAUGAGAUUAGGAAGCGAGCCUAUGCAUGACAAUGGCACUCAGACAAUCAAGGCUGAAGUGGUUGAACCCAUUGUUGAGGCCCAGGAAACAUGCAGAGAAGAAGCCAACACCAGUUCCAGCUACUCGCCAUCUCCCAGAACAGUGUACACCUGCAAUGAUGGGAAGGUACACCUUGGUGGUGGUAUUUGGGUGGAGGAGGAGAAGUGGCACCAGCUGCAGCGAACCCAGGGAGACUCCAAGUUCACAAAGAACCUGGCUGUAAUGAUCUGGGGCACAGAAACCCUCAAAAACCGUAGUGUUACUGGAGUGGCCACCAAAAAGAAGAAAGAUGCUUUGCCCAAACCUCCACUUUCACCCAGCAAGCUGAAAAUUGUCAGAGAGUGUCUCUACGACAGAGUGUCUCAAGAGACAGCCGACAGUGCAGAGAUUACGCAGAGAUUGUCCAAAGUGAACAAAUACAUUUGUGAAAAGAUAAUGGAUAUCAACAAGUCCAUCAAGAACGAGGAGCGACGGGAGUCCAAGCUGCUCAUCAGACAGACAGUCAAGAUGGAGAACUUCACAUAUGACGGCAUGUAGUGAUCAACUGUUGUCACGCCGGCGCCUUCUGCCCCCUCCCCCGUGGUCCGCAGGAUAUUGAGGGGACUUGAUUUUGGGUGGUUGGAGGAUGUUUGUCACAGUUUCAGGAGCAGUUAUAUUCCUUUUACACAUUGGAUUGGUUAUAAUGUGAAAUGUUUAAAACAAAUAGGCCCCUUCUGAGCUCCCUAUGUGACUUGAGCAACCAUCACCUUCCUCAGUGCCCAGUUUGCAAAUUUGGCUCACAGACAGCUUUACCCACUGGUCAGAAGUUGAACACGUGAACUAGUUUGAUGUGAACUGGUAUGAGUAUUUUUAUAAGCUUUACUGUGGGAUUGGUACAGAGACACAGUUUAUUGAGGUGUGUGCAUUUGUGUCAAAAGAGAGAUUAGAUGUGAUUGUGAGAUUAAUUUAUUGUUCUGUGUCAGAACAUACUUUUUUGAGUCCUUAAACUUUUAAAAAGUAAGAGGUUAUUUCCCUUGAUAAAGUCUUCUGAUGCUAUAAAGAGGAGGUUUGUCGCUUGCGUUAGAUUUUAGAUGUGCGAAAGGUUGGAGGUUUUGGUGACCACCCAAUAACUGCAGACGAUCUGAGUGUUUGCUGUUGGUACUUACUGCAUAGAAUGGGACAUCAGGGUCUCGAAUGCAUAAGUCUUAAUUAGUAACAGCCAUAUUGCAACAGAGCCUGUGUUGCUCCAAGAGAUUCAUUUUGAGAGUUUGCUUCCCCUUAAACUGUAGGUCAAUCACAACCCAUUGCUUCAUUAAAAAGAGGGCUUACAGGGGUUUAAUGGGAAGUGUGACUCUAGAAUCUAUAGAUUGCUGUAUUUGUUUUGUUUUUUAUGUUGAUCUUUUAGUUAUGAACAUUUGCCAUCAAUGAGAGGGCACGAGGAAAGGUUUUUGAUGUGAUAUUCCUGUGUUACUCUCAAUCAAACCUGUCACUUGGAGACAAUUUGACUGUUUAACAAAUUGUGGUGGUACAGGCAUGUUGAUGCCCAGAAAGGCCUUAAAUGGAUUUGGCAAUCAUCAGGGACUGGUAUGCCCCUGGAUUUUCUAGUAAGCUGUGAUUGUAAAUGUAUAGUAAGCUGAAGUGAUGAAGCUUCAUCUGCACUUUGCUGUGAGAAUGUAAGAGGUGGAUAGGUACUAUUUUCUGUGUGUUUCUCACCAUUAAGUUGAGCUGAGCCGGGCUGCUCGCUGUCCCACCCCUCCUGUAGCUAAGAGAUGCUGCGCUGCACGGGAAAAUGUGGGGAAGAAAAUCAGGGCACAGCUCUGCAAGGUUCACGUCAACUUC